CCCCGCGCCGCCAUCUUCGUUCUUCGUCGUCUUGUAUGUUCGGCGUGUUUGGUGUCCGGUUGAGAGAUUCUCCAUUUCGUGAUUUUUGUGCGUACAUUGCGUUUCUGAUCGCAGAAAUUGAAUAAGCGCGAAUUUAAUCAUGAGCACGGACAGUAUUGAGAAGUUGUACAAGAAUUUCGGCAUACUUGCUGAUGCUAAGGAUAAGUUGGGGCAGCAUCAAAAAGAAUACUUGGAAAUCUUGACGGCAGUUAAGGGAUCACCCAAGGAGAAACGGCUGGCAUCGCAAUUUAUUGCGCGAUUCUUCAAGCACUUUCCAACACUAGCGGAUCAGGCUAUAGAUGCCCAUUUAGACUUGUGCGAAGAUGAGGACAUGGCUAUUCGUAAACAAGCUAUUAAGGAUUUACCGGCUCUUUGUAAGGACAAUAAAGAACACACGGCGAGAAUUGCAGAUAUCUUGGCACAGUUAUUGCAAGCUGAAGAUUCUUCAGAACUAGCGGUUGUACACAACAGUAUUAUGUCACUCAUGAAAAGUGAUCCAAAAGGCACUUUAAAUGGAUUUUUCAGCCAGAUUAUUAACGGCGACGAUGGCACGAGGGAACGUUGCAUAAAAUUCCUAGCUACUAAGCUUAAAGCGAUAGGACACGACGUUAUUACGAAGGAACCAGAGGAUUUGCUGAUCGCCGAAUGUAAAAAAGUCUUGCAGGAUGUAACUGCGGAUGAAUUUCACAAUAUUAUGGACAUUCUUGCGUGGACUAGAUUGGGUUCAACUGUGACUGGUCAACAGGAAUUGGUCGACAUUACGAUAGAGCAAGCUGAAUUAUCCGUACCUUUUAAACACACCAACAUUGAGCAGUGGAAUAGAUUGGUUCAAUGCAUCAAACAUGCUCUUCCAUUUUUCAGUUCUCAGACGGAUUCAUCGAAAUUUGUUUCGUACAUUUGCGUGCAAGUCUUACCACAUCUUUCCUUGAUGACUUCUCCGGAUGGCAGGGAUAUUCAAUUGGAACUGUUGAAAUUGCUCGCUGAAUUAGCUGUGUUUUGCGGGACUAUUGAAAAACCUGACGAAAAAGUUCAACAGCUUUACAACACUCUUAUCACGUACAUGCCGCUUCCCCCAGUCGCGGAAGUUACUGAUGUACCAAAGCUACAGUUUAGUCAUGUGGAAUGUUUAAUGUACGCCUUUCAUAAAUUGUGCAAGCAGACACCUGAAUUUCUGAUAAAGGAUCCGGAACAGCUUAAGGAAUUCCGAUUAAGAUUACAGUACUUUGCAAGAGGUAUUCAAGGUUACAUAAAGAAGCUGCGCGAAGCUAUUAGCGGGAAGACUGAGGAAGAAUUGAAAUCUGAGGAAAAUCAGUUGAAGGUUGUGGCAUUAAAAACAACCAACAAUAUCAACACCUUAAUAAAAGAUCUGUUUCAUUCGCCUCCUAGUUUUAAGAGUGUAAUACAUCUUUCAUGGAAGACGCCUUCUAACGAUAAAAAGAACGAGAAAAGCUCUGCUCAGAAGAGACACACGCCAAUUACAUUUGGAAACGGCAAUGGUUCGAAUAAACGUAUGAAGGAAGAUAGAAGCAGCAAAAGAGAAAUAUAUACACCUCCGAGUGGCAAAUAUAGCUCCAACAUAUCAAAUUACGGACGCGGUAGAUUUAAGAAUAACAGACCUGGUGGAAGAGGUGGAUUCAGAUCAAGAGGUCGUGGUCCAUGGCGAAAAAAUUUUUAUUAAUUACACAACUAAUUCACUGAUAAAUUGAAACCAGCCAGAAGUAAACUUACCACACGAAUGAUCAUCUGCAUCGUGAAAUUGACAAAAAGUUUUUUCAAAAAAGUGAUAUCACAAAAUCUAAUAUCUUUUCACAAGCAUAAUGACUCUAUAUUGGAACUGCAUCAUAACUUAUAACGGAGACAUAACAUUUGGACAGAUUAUGUAGGAAGAAACGGAAAAUCAACAAUGUUCUAAAUAUUUACUAGUGACUUAUGAGAUUGGAGAAAAAGAGAUAGAUAAUAUAUAAAGGAAGAAUUGAUCAAAAGAGAAAGAAAAGCAAGAGAAAUAAGAGACGAUGAACAAUUGUAAUUUCCUGAUUUAUGACUUCUCCGCGAUAAACUGAAGAAGAUGAUUCAAAAGUAUUCGAAGCAUAUAUAAAACUUUCAAGAGCACGUGUACAAACGAUGCAACAUAUGGGGACGUAUUGAGAAACCCGGGAAAGAGACACAAUACGAUCAACUGAUUUUAAGGAUACGAUAAUGAUGGGAGUACACGGAGAAGGAAGAAAGAAGAUAUCUUGGAGCGUGUCAUGAAUUCCGUCAAGAUAAUUAUUUGAGGAGACCGAAGCGAAAGUAAAAAAGGAUGAUUAUGCACAAAUGAGAAUAAUAUUUACCGACAACGCAAUCAGAUUUCAAACCAUGCAACUGAUCCACAAGACAACAUGUAGUGUCUUAGUUACAGAAGCUUGUGGAAAUGGGCAGCUUUUAUCUCGUCAAGAAGCUUCAUCGAAGCAUCAGAAAAAUGCAAAAAUGCAAUCUCCUAUACCCAUUCCUAAAUAAGCCUUUCCCAUCUCCCAACUUUUUAUAUUUGUUAAUAUUUGUUAGCAGGAUCGGGACGCAUGUGUGUGUGUGUGUGGAGGAACUCGCAAGCGGCCAUGUAUAAAAAUAAUUUUGAUCGAAGUAACAUCGGAGGCCACGCAAUGUGCCAUCUGCAAAAAUAAUAUAUACGUAUACCAUUAUUUUUAAAAAAUUUACAUAUUUCCAACGAAAGAAUAAUAAAACUUUCAGAUAUUGCUUUUAAUAUGUGUUAUACGUACUUUAAAUUUUUCUAUCGUAAAAAUCGAGUAAAAUAAUUUGGGAUACGUGAUGUAAGUUUUCGAUUAAAACAAUUGAUUUCGUGGCUCUGUGUUUCUUCGAUAAGCAGGAUUGGAAAGCAACAGGGGCAGCAAUUAUCAUAUUGCGUUUUCUUUUACAGGCAAUUUACGCUAAUGCGAGUCUUGGGAAUGGAAGACGGGCCAGUAUCGCAAACGUAUAUAUACGUAUAUAUGCAUAUACGUUCUUUUUUUAUUACAGAGUUCUCUCGGAGAUACAUGCGGAAGUGGAUGCCAAUCGUGGGAACUAAUUAUUAAUUUCUUUGCAGGAACCGAUGAUAUUGUUAUGUUCAUUAUCAUAUAAUAUAUAUCUUCUUGGCGAUCGCGGUGUUGUGAGGUGAGUUCAAAGGUAUCGUUCCAUCUUCUCCUUUCUCCCUAUCCGUUAUCAUGUAAAAAGAUUUUGUGUUAUUUGCAACUUGUGAUUGUUUCAAUUUAUUUCAAUAAAUAAUAUUAUUUAAUAU